UUAUUUCCUAGGUUUCUUCUGCUCACUGUCUGAAAAUGUUCUGUUGUCACGGCAUCUGGUAGAAGACAAUUUUUGGCCAGCGUGCCAUGACGUCCCCUGCAGAUGAAGAGGUAGAUAUUGCAGACUGGCUCUGUGACAUUCAUUUGGAGAGAUACCAGGACAAUUUCAGGCAGCAUGGCUACCACCGAGUUAAAGAUAUUCUGUCAGUGGAGAAUGAGGUCCUUCAGCAAAUUGGUAUUGGUGCCACAGGCCACAGGAAGAGAAUAAUUAGUCAAUUGAGAAAUAUAUCGGGUGACUCAAAGUUACUUUCCCCUUCAAGUAGUAUGGAGACAUCAGAGUCUCUUGAAUAUCUAAGCAAAGAAGAAAAAGACAACAGCACUGGUAAGAAAGAUCAAGCAGAUGGAAAAAUAAUUUAUACGGAACCCAUUGUCAAGCCAGUGCCAAAGCCAAGAACUGUAUUCAAUAAAAGUACUAUAACAACAAAUAAGGAUCUUGUAGUAGCCAUGAUGUCCACCACAUCAUCAUCAUCUGAUUAUUUAGAACCUAAUUCAGCUACAGCUAAAAAGGCUUCCUCUCUUCAGGAAACAACUGUUCCAAGAGGAAGCAGCUUGGAUACAGAGAACUGUAAUUCAUACACAGGGCUGAAGCCAGAAGGGGUGGAGAUGGAGGCUGGUUCUUCUCAGUAUACUUCCGCUGGGGUUGGGAAAACAUUCCAUCCCAUUCCUCCUCUCCCUAUGCGUCAGAACAAAGAAACUUCACAAACUGGCUCAUCUUACCAGCAAUACAAGCUUCAGAUGGAAGCGGAUACCAUACAGUGUUCUCCAUUAUCGAUUUUGUCUUCCUUUGCUGGAAGUAAAGAGGAAGUUACCUCCUUUUCAACCAGUCCUCCAUCUCCACAGGAAACACUAACAAUGAUAUCCAAUGAGAUCUAUUCUGGGUUUGGUCCCAGGACUGACUCUGUUAGCUGUCCUACAGACAUUAAAGGAACACAAAAUUAUUUAAAUCCCCCUGACAUGAUUAAGCAAGAAACAACACCAACGCCAGAAAGAAUAAAUUUUUCAGGUUCGGCUGAAGUAGAUUCACCUGCUGUUCCUGAAAGGCCUUUGUCUAGUUUUGUGUCUGCGGAAGCAAUCAACCCAUACUGUGAAACCCCCUUCACCCGCUUCCAUCAAUUACAAGACUCAAAGGAUUCUAAGAAUGGCAAAAUCCGGUCAUGUUCUACAAUGCCCAUGUUUACUCCAGGAGAGGAUAGAAGUCAUGCCAGGAAUAUUGGUGAGACGGCUAAGGAGAAGAAGAGUGAUGAUGAAGAUGGAAAAACUCAGCGAAUCACGCAAAUUAUACACAAUGAGCAGGAAGGUUACUCCACUGUGGACUCUCCUGCAGAUAACAAGAGGUUUAGUCUCCCCUCCGACUUGUACAAAGAUGAAAUACUAGAUGACUUGACCAUAUCACCCUAUGCCAGCUACACAUCCAUCUAUGACAAGUCACGGCCAGUACUUAGUGGAUGGUUGGAUAAGCUGUCCCCACAAGGGAACUAUGUCUUUCAAAGAAGAUAUGUGAAAUUUGAUGGCAAGAAUCUAAUGUAUUUCAGUAAUGACAAGGACAUGUAUUCUAAAGGUGUCAUCCCCCUGACUUCUAUUGACAUGGCUCGUUCAACCAAGGAGAACAAGUUUGAAGUAGUGACAAAACACCGGAUUUUUGUAUUCCGUGCUGAGAGUGAAGCGCAGAGAAGUGAAUGGUGCUCAACCAUACAGAACAGGGUGAAAGAACAGCGUAUGUUUAACCAACGUCCUCGCUCCACCUGCAACUUCUCCAGGGCAGGCUACCUAGAGCUGAAAGGCUAUAAGUCUAAGGUAUUUGCAGUCCUGACAACAGAUGAAUUAUGGGUCCAUAAAAAUGAACAGUUUUUCAAAAUGGGCAUUGGAAUGUUUGUGAUUGAAAUGAAUGGUUCCACCAUCCGAGAUGGGCGCAACAAGACCUUUGAGUUGAUCACGCCACAAAAAACUUUCAGCUUCACUGCAGAAUCUGACAGGGAGAAGAAGGAGUGGAUGGAGGCCCUGCUGGAAUGUAUAUCUGAAUCACUCUCAGACUACGAGGUGGCUGAGAAGAUUUGGUCCAAUAAAACCAACAAGACCUGUGCUGACUGCAAAGCCUGCAAUCCUGAUUGGGCCUCCAUAAAUCUGUGUGUUAUCAUAUGCAAGCAGUGUGCAGGUCUGCACAGAAGUCUGGGAACAAAUAUCUCCAAAGUGCAGAGUCUGAAACUAGACAUCAGCAUCUGGAGCAAUGAGAUUGUGCAGCUAUUUAUUAUCCUGGGGAAUGAUCGAGCCAACCGAUUCUGGGCAGCACGUGUGCCACCGUCAGAGGUUCUUCAUCCAGACGACUGCAUAGAACACAGACGAGACUUCAUAGCACACAAGUACCGUGAAGGGAAAUACAGAAGUCCUCACCCUCAUUACAGUACACAGGAGGAAAUACUCAAGGUGCUCUGUACUGCUGUCACAGGACCUAACCUGCUGAAGACGGUGAUGCAGUUUUUCUCUGAUGCUGAAUCCACUGCUGAUCCCAUAGACAGCUCUACCCUCUCCCUACAAUCAGCGGAGACUUGGAAGGCGAGCACCUACAGCCUAAAUGAGGGAACACAGCCAGACGACAACAGUCAAUCAAGAGUCUAUGAUGAGAUCAUGCAGCCUGUGGUGCAUUCUGGGUACUUGAGCAAAGCCGCUGUUGUGAGCAAGACAUUCACAUCGAAGAAGAUGAAGGAUGAAUUCCACAAGCAGUGGUGUGUCCUGGAGAGAGCUCUCAUAUUUUAUGAAAAUGACAAGAGCUCGGAACAGAUUGGAAGGAUUGAUCCAUGUGAAGUUGUCUGUCUGGGGGUAAAUAAGGUUGACAUGUUGCACAGCCCAGCAGCUGUGGAAAGGUUUCGUUUCACUUUUGAGAUUUUCCUAACAUCAGAAAAAGUUCACCAAUUUGGAACCGAUGCUGCCGAAACCCUCCAGACUUGGACCAACUCUAUAGGGAAGUGGUUCACUCCCAUCAGCUGUCACUGCCUGUUGGGGUACGAGUUCCAGCGUGUGGGGAGAAUGCGUUACAAGGCCAUGCUGAAUCCCGACCAGUGGAUGGAAGGCUUCUUCCUGCUACAAAAAUCUCACCUUUUCAUCUGUCCCGAGGAGCAAGGAGCAGCAGAAGAUAGCGUCAACCUACGUAGUCUACAGGAACUCACUGUGGCACCAAUCACAGAAAAUUCAGAAAAGAAAGACGUCUUAAUUCUUGUAGAGAAAGGAAGGACGCUGUACUUACAAGGAAUUACACGUACUGACUUCUCAGCUUGGAGCAGCGAUAUCCAGGCAGCCGCAUGCAGUGGCGGCAACAUGUUACGAGACCAGCAACUCAGUAGGAAUGACAUUCCCAUCAUUGUAGACAGCUGCAUUGCUUUCCUUACCCAAUACGGCCUUCGUCAUGAGGGAAUUUAUCGUAAAAACGGUGCCAAGUCUCGAAUAAAGCUUCUGAUGGACGAGUUCCGCAAAGAUGCCCGAAACGUAAAAUUGCGCAUCAGUGAUAACUUUAUUGAAGAUGUCACAGAUGUAUUAAAGAGGUUCUUCAGGGAGUUGGAUGAUCCAAUUUUUACAACAGAACUUCACCCACAAUGGAAAGAGGCAGCAGAACACACUGAAAAGGCAAAGAGAUUGGAGAAGUAUAUGGAGUUAAUAAACCAUCUUCCCAAAGUCAACCGAGCUACACUGGCCGCACUGAUUGGUCACCUCUAUCGGGUCCAGAAAUGUGCAGACUUAAACCAGAUGUGCACCAAGAAUCUGUCACUGUUGUUUGCUCCCAGCUUAUUUCAGACCGAAGGAAAAGGAGAACACGAGGUGAAGAUAAUGGAGGAUUUGAUAGACAACUAUGCCAGUGUCUUCUGUAUUGAUGAAGAGCAAGUAACACAGAUGGAUUUAGAAAAUAGCCUCAUUACUACUUGGAAAGACGUCCAGCUGUCACAAGCUGGAGAUCUCAUUAUAGAGGUUUACUUAGAGAAGAAGGAGCAAGAUUGUUGUCUCACCUUAAAGGUUUCUCCAGUCAUGACCGCUGAAGAACUCACCAAUCAGGUACUGGAUAUGCGGAAUAUUCCAGCCAGCAUGGACAUCUGGUUGACCUUUGAAGUGUUUGAAAAUGGAGAACUUGAGAGACCUUUACACCCGAAGGAGAGGGUCCUAGAGCAAGCUCUACAGUGGUGCAAGUUGGCUGAGCCCAGUUCUGCAUUUCUGCUAGUAAAGAAGAUGUCCUUUGGUGAAGGAAGUUGUCUGUUCACAGGUGCAAAAAGAGAGAGCCCAAAAUGUGGAUUGUUGAAGUGCAGAGAGGAAUCUCCGAAGCUGCUGGGCAGUAAGUUCCAGGACAGAUACUUUGUGAUCAGGGAUCGCAAGCUGCUGCUUCUUAAAGAGAAAAAGAGUUCCAGGCCAGAAAGAGAAUGGUCACUCGAAAAUGCCAAAAUUUACAUGGGGAUUCGGAAAAAGCUGAAACCUCCGACCCCAUGGGGCUUUACAAUCUACAUGGAUAAACAGCAGUUGUGCUUAUGUUGUGCCGCACAAGCAGAGAUGUGGGACUGGAUCACAAGCAUUCUCAAGGCUCAGCACGAUGAUCUCCGCCCUGUGAUUUUAAGGCGACACUCUUCCUCAGAUGUAACAAAACAAAAAUUUGGCACCAUGCCCUUAGUACCAAUUCGCGGAGAUGACACCAACACCACCAUGGUUUCUGCAAAUCAGCAGCUGCGUCGUCUUCACACACGAAGGACACUGUCAAUGUUCUUUCCAAUGAAGAUGCAUCAAGACUCCCUUGAAGACCUACAGGAAAAGCAAGAUGAGGAGCACGAGCCCUUGUAUGAAGAGGUUGGAAAUUUCCAGAGCAUCCAGCAAACAGAUUCAGAUUGUGUUUUUUCAGCAGAACGAUUCCAGUUGCCCCCUCCCUUGGACCGGACCAAAAAGCCAGUAUUAAACCAAGAACCCAUAAAGCCAACCCCAAUUAAACCUCAGUCCCUAGAGAAACCGGACUGGGACAGUUACUCCAAGACUCAGUCUUUAGACAGAAACCUUUGUGUGGAUAAUUUUAAGAUGGUCCAAAGUGAUGUUAGAUCCCCCAUGCCAGACAGACGCACUAGUGCUUUUAUUACAAAAACUGCUUCCCUAGAAAGGCAGGUGGAGCCAAACCGAACUCAGACUGUUUCUACGAGAAGCCAGGUGGUUAAGAGUGCACUAGACUUGAGCACGUUGCCAUUGUUUUUUGAACCAACAGCCCCUUCAGAUCCAACGAACAUUCCUGCCUGGAAGAAGAUGUCUCCAAUGUCCUCUAAUAUGCAAGAAAAACUACUCCAGGAACUGAACACCAUGCUCAAUAAGAAAAACGACACUGGGUCUGAGCCAGGACAGCAAGUAACGUGAUGGAGAAUUGUAAAUGUUGAUAUGGCCUCCUAGAGCCUCAAAAGGCUAAAAUGGUGUCUGCAACCUGAAAUUAUAUGGUUGCAAUCCAGCUUUGACUCGUCUUAUAUGUAUUCUAGGUAUAUCUUUGUAUAAACUCCUGGUCAUGUACAGGUGAAACUCAAAAAGUUAGAAUAACGUACAAAGUUCAUUUAUUUCAGUAAUACAGCUUAAAAGGUGAAACUAACAUAUGAGAGACUCAUUACAUGCAAAGCGAGAUA